CUGCGGUGACUGCGGACGGGCGGGGAGGCCGAAAGUUUCUCUGCCCGCUUUGCCCAGCGAUUGGGAGCCGCGAGCUGCGGCCCGCGUUGCAGGGACUUGGCCCCCCAGCUCUGGAGGAAGGGAGCCUGGAGCACCCCGCAAAAGACGCCAGGAAAAAAAAAAAAAAAAAAAAACCUCAAACCAGCCCGGAGGCUCAGGGCGCAGGUCCAUGGCUCUCCCGGGAAGAGUUCUGCUAUGACUGCUGUGCCCUCGCGGAGCCAGCCACGCCCCUCUCGGCCACAGCCACGCCAGGCCCCCGCCCUGCCCCACCCAUCCCUGGCCCCGGGUCACCAUGGGCAGCGUCAGCAGCCUCAUCUCCGGCCACAGCUUCCACAGCAAGCACUGCCGGGCCUCGCAGUACAAGCUACGCAAGUCCUCCCACCUCAAGAAGCUCAACCGCUACUCUGAUGGCUUGCUGAGAUUUGGCUUCUCCCAGGACUCCAGUCAUGGCAAGUCCAGCUCCAAAAUGGGCAAGAGCGAGGACUUCUUCUACAUCAAGGUCAGCCAGAAGGCCCGGGGCUCCCAUCGCCCAGAUUACACGGCACUGUCCAGUGGGGACAUCGGGGGCCAGGCCGGGGUGAACUUUGACCCAUCCACUCCACCCAAGCUCAUGCCCUUCUCCAAUCAGCUAGAAAUGGGCUCAGACAAGGGGGCAGUGAGGCCCACGGCCUUCAAGCCCGUGCUGCCGCGAUCGGGAACCGUCCUCCACUCUUCCCCUGAGAGUGCCAGCCACCAGCUGCACCUGGCCCCUCCGGACAAACCCAAGGAGCAGGAGCUGAAGCCCGGCCUGUGCUCUGGAGCGCUGUCCGACUCGGGCCGGAACUCCAUGUCCAGCCUGCCCACGCACAGCACCAGCAGCAGCUACCAGCUGGACCCACUGGUCACGCCUGUGGGGCCCGCCAGCCGCUUCGGGGGUUCGGCCCACAACAUCACGCAGGGCGUCGUCCUGCAGGACAGCAACAUGAUGAGCCUGAAGGCUCUGUCGUUCUCCGACGGCGGCAGCAAGCUGGCCCACCCGGGCAAGGCGGACAAGGGCUCCUCGUGCGUGCGCUCCCCCAUCGCCACGGACCAGUGCGCCCUGCAGGAGCUGGAGCAGAAGCUGCUGCAGCGGGAGAGCGCCCUGCAGAAGCUGCAGCGCAGCUUCGAGGAGAAGGAGUUCAGCCCGGGCCAGGCCUUCGAGGAGCGGCCGCGGCGCGGCAGGGACGAGCUGGAGGGCCCGGAGCCCAAGGGCGGCAGCAAGCUGAAGCAGGCCUCCCAGAAGAACCAGCGCACGCAGCAGGUGCUGCACCUACAGGUGCUGCAGCUGCAGCAGGAGAAGCGGCAGCUGCGGCAGGAGCUCGAGAGCCUCAUGAAGGAGCAGGACCUGCUGGAGACCAAGCUCAGGUCCUACGAGCGCGAGAAGACCAACUUCGCCCCCGCGCUGGAGGAGACCCAGUGGGAGGUGUGCCAGAAGUCAGGCGAGAUCUCCCUCCUCAAACAGCAGCUCAAGGAGUCCCAGACCGAGGUGAACGCCAAGGCCAGCGAGAUCCUCAGUCUGAAGGCGCAGCUGAAGGACACCCGGGGCAGGCUGGAGGGCAUGGAGCUGAAGACGCAGGACCUGGAGAGCGCCCUGCGCACCAAGGGCCUGGAGCUGGAGGUCUGCGAGAACGAGCUGCAGCGCAAGAAGAACGAGGCCGAGCUGCUCCGGGAGAAGGUGAACCUGCUGGAGCAGGAGCUGCAGGAGCUGCGGGCCCAGCAGGCCCGGCAGCGCGAGGCCGCCGCGCUGGGGCCGGGAGCCACGCCCACCUUCUCGGAGGACAUCCCCGCCCUGCAGCGGGAGCUGGAGCGGCUGCGGGCUGAGCUCAGGGAGGAGAGGCAGGGCCACGACCAGAUGUCCUCGGGCUUCCAGCACGAGCGGCAGGUGUGGAAGGAGGAGAAGGAGAAGGUGAUCCAGUACCAGAAGCAACUGCAGCAGAGCUACCUGGCCAUGUACCAGCGCAACCAGCGCCUGGAGAAGGCCCUGCAGCAGCUGACCCGUGGGGACGGGCCCGGGGAGCCCUUUGAGAUUGACCUGGAAGGGGCUGACAUCCCCUACGAGGACAUCAUAGCCACUGAGAUCUGAGGGAACGCCUGAGGGAGCGAGGGCUGGGGACCUGGCGCCGGGAGGCCAGGGCCAAGCCUGUUGGAGGAGAGCCCCCUCCCGUCUCAGCUGCUCAGCAACUCGGGCCUCUGAGAGAAGCCACUUCCUGGGCACAGGUCCAGGAGCCACACGUGGUGGGCAGGGGUCAGGAUGUGACUCUUCCUUCCCUUCCCCCGCCUGUUCCAGCCUCAGCAACUGGACCUCAGGCGCUGACCCCCAUCCCCCGGCUCUCCCAGAGUUGGGUGCAGGGAUCUCCAUGCACUGGUUAAGGGCUUCCUAAACCUUGGUCUUUGUUCCAAACAGUGAGAGAAACCCUCCUCCAGGGAAGGGGACAGCUGCUGUGAAGGCCCAGUGGCCAUGCCAGGGACAGAAGCUCCCUUCCGAGUCUUACCCCCAAGUCUGUUUAAUCCCCUGGACACAUCAGGAUGCCUUGGGAAUAGAAAGAAGCCAUGGUGACCAGAAGCCUUGGAGUCUUAUCAUAAGCUGAGCUGUUCUCUGGCCUCAGGUGCAGGGUUGGGUGGGGCGCAGAGAAUCUGCAGCCCAUCGAGCCACAGAAGGGAGGAGAAGCCGGGCGCCCUAGCUGUGUGGAGCCUCGUGAGACCUGCAGGGGUCUGGGGCCGGGGCAGCGGAACAGCAAGAACCAGUGGGUGCAGCGCCCAACUGGUGUUGCCGUCUUCGAGCAGCUGGUGGCCUUUGUCCUCAGUGACCACUCUUCCUAAAGCCAUAGACACUGAGACCCUGGGGUGGGUGCUGGGAAAGGAGCACGGAGGGAAUGGCUUUCAGCUGUCCCGGGGGCACCUCCCAAUCUUUCCCAGUGGAGCAGAGGCAGGGAAGCCCCUGACUGGAUCAGCUGGCCAGUGGCCCCUCUGCAAGGUUUUUCCUUCCCAAGCAUCAAAUUUUGCUUGGAUCCAGAUGGUACACCUGCGAUCUGGGCACUUCCCUCUUUUGCCCAUGGCCCCAUUCGGGGGCAUCUCUUCCCCCUUAGCAUCCUUGGUGCUAAGUUCUGAGUCUUCACAGAUUAGGAUUGUCCCCAGGGUGUUGGCAGGCUAGAGCCCCAGCAGGGAGGAUAGCAAGGAUAUAGGGUAGGGGGCACACACAGCCUUCCGAACAAACAGCCCCACCACCUGCCGUCCUCCCCCACCUGGAGCCUCACAGGAGCCCCUGGCUGUAAAGAACGCAGAGAGAGCACCCCUUCCUUCCUUGGGGGCACUGUGGGAGGCUGGGGUUUCUCCUUUGAACAGGUCCGGAGCUGGGUGAAGAGAAUAGUUGCUUGGUUCAGGGAAUUUUCUUUCUUCUUCUUUUUUUUUUUCCCUUUCUUGUCUUUUCAGAAACAAGCCAGAUCUAGCAGGCAGCCAGGCUGCUCCAUCUAUUUUUGCUUCUAACCACAGCUGCUGUUGGUAGGAAAGCCAGCCCCUGCUGGAUCCCUGUGUCUCCUGCGUGUCUGCUGAGAGGGGCUAGGGUGUGGGAGAGGCCAGGUUGGGAGAGUCUGGGUUCUCCACCGUCUGGGAACAAUCCCCAGUUCUGCUUCCUGGAUGCUGGCCUGAGCGGUCUGGGCUGGGCGUGGGGGCUGCUUUCUUUGCAUCACAUCUUGCAGUAGGUGUGAGCUGGGGGCAGGGCACCAACCCCGUGGCUAGCGCUGCCUUCUGUUCUCGGGGCUCACUGCCCCUGUCCUGUGUCCACUCCUGACAGAGGAAGUCCUUUGGAAUUUCAAACCAUUGCUCUUAGUCAUGGAUGAGACUUGAGGCUGGGACGGAUAGGCCCGGAGCCUCCUCCACACCCAGAGGACAGUGCCCUGCACUGAGCACAGUUUAGACCCAGUUAAAGAUGGCCCAGGCCUUGUCCCAUGGCCGUUGUUUCCUCCAUCUCCACCAGCCUGUGCCUUGAGUCCUUUCUCCCAGUGAGACUGCUCCACAGAGAGAGGGAGAAGGAAACUGAUUGCCUCCCGUCCCCCACCCUGACCCCGGAGCAGCCAGAAGCCCAGCACUCUGCCCUCAGACCGGGCCUGAGAAGAGCUGAUGCUAAGGCCAAGGCAGGCACUUGGGGACAAAGCCUGUUCACCACCUCAUUGUGUGUGGCCCCACUCACAGGGACAUCCACCUUCCCCAUGGCCCUGCCCCAGCCCAUCCCAGAGACGUCCACCCAGGCCUUGUCCAGCAUCCAAGAUGGCAGAUGCCUUCCCUGGGCUGCCACAGCCCAAGGCCCCAGGGUAGCCUAAGGUGGCACCAGACGCAAGUGUCCUAUAACUUAGCAACCUGGCCUUCCAGAGGGUUCCCUCCCUUCCCUGUUGAAAGGUCCUUUGCUACUCUUGGGCCACCCUAAGCCCAGCCUCUCUGAGGGAGGCUCUGAACAGCAAGGUUGAGCAGGGCGUGGGGAGUGCGGGCUCAGGGCAGGAGCUCGGCGAGCUUGUUCACUCAGACCCACACUCCGACCCACACUCUGCCCCCCAAAAGCUGCCUGGCCUGAGGAUGCUCCAGUUCUCUGCAAAGAGCCUCAUUCCACACCACCCACCAAGGAGGGACCGCCUGGGGCCUCAGAGUAGCCUCGAAGCAUGUUCUUCACAGCCCCGGGGCACUGAGCUAGCUGGGGCUGGAGGCUUGGCAUCCUUGCCCUGAGAGGGCUUUGCUGAGCUCUUGCCCCUGGCCCCGGCCUGGGCCAUCUCUUAAGUGAGAGUCACCCUAAGAGAAGUCAGGCUGCCCGGGAACAGCGGUUCCAACUGGGAGUCUGGGUCCCUGGCGGUCCUCAGGCAAGCUGGGCCCCCCCGCAGAAGCUAGCUUCACAUGGACUGGCAUUUGGAAGACUAUGUACAUAGUUCUUUUUCUUUGUUGUUUCUGGUUUGCUUUGCUUUUGACAGCUUCGUUUUAUUUGUUUUUUGAUGUCACUUUUUGGCCAUGUAAACUAUUUCUGGUAAUUUUAUGUUUUUAUUUAUGAAUAAAGAAUGCCAUUU